UGACUCUCGCUCAUACACUCAUACACUCACGCUGCUGCUAUUGUCUCUCCUCGCCCCGACAUUCGCUCCCCAGCCAGCCCUAUUUCCCCGCCUUUGUCUCUAAUAUCGUUCACGGGUCCUCCGAAAACGGGCGUUGUCCGAGCCGAGCGGUUCGAUUUCACAUGUCAAGAAAUCCGGGCAGUCGUUGUUCUCGCCCUCUCUCCCUCCGCCUCACUCUGGCGUGAAGACUCCCGUCCUCUUCUGGAUGACAACGGCGUGCGUGUUGGACUGAGUUCAAGAUUCCGUCUCGACUGCUUCUCACGCCUCUCCACCUCAACUCACGUCAACCAUCCCAUCGGCCACCACGGCAUACCAUUCAAAUCAUGGCCUCGUCCGGGAGAGCAGACCGUGAGGCACGAGCGAGAUUCACAAUCACCAGAGCAAUCCCGGAACUUCUCCGGAACAGUCCAAAAGCUCGCAGUGGAGUCUCACAAUCAGACCUCGUCGUCGAUCCACCAAUAUCCACCACCACCACAAUCAACCACACCACUCCCAUCAUAAGACCAGACCUCAAAAUCCGCAUCUCCACCGGCGACACCCUCCAAGCCGCCUCACGCUGCUCCUCCCGUCCAUACGCCUCCAAACGCAACUCCAACGCCAACCGCAUCGACGACUCCCGCCCCAACGUCACCGUCCAUAACAUGGCCUCCCUCAAAACCCCCGGAGGAGGCUUCAUGACCGGCGGCAACGGCCAAGAAGAGUUCCUCUGCGCCCGCACCACGCUCCACUCCUCCCUCCACCCUUCCCUCUACCCCCUCCCAGAAGUUGGCGCCAUCUACACCCCCGACGUGCUCGUCUUCCGCGACACCAACGCCAUCGACCUCCCCCGCCGCGACCGCUUCUUCGUCAACGUCAUCUCCGCCGGCCUCCCCAAACACCCGGACCCCAACCGUCUCCGCGCUCUGGACCGCGAACCCGAAUGCUCCUGCGGCGUGUCCUACUGCGACGCCCACCGCGACCUCGUGCUCCGCAAAAUGAAAGCCAUCCUCCGCAUCGCCGACUCGAAAUCCUGCCAUACCCUCGUGCUUGGAGCAUGGGGUGCCGGAUCGCUCAAUCAUCCGGUGCAAGAAGUCGCCCGUCUCUGGCGUCGCGUACUCGUCGGCUCACCUCGUCAACGCCGUCCGAACGCAGAACAAUUCCCCUCUAUCAAAGAAAUCAUCUUCUCCAUCCCGCACUCCUCUUUCGCGAGAGAAUUCCGCCGUAUCUUCGACGACGUGCUCGCUCCUGAAUCUCCCAUUUCCAGCCCUCCUUCCCUUCAAACAGACACCUCCUCCCCCCAAUCCAUCCGCCAAGCCGCCCGCCACGACGCCGAACUCCAGCGAAACUUCGCCAAAGCCGCUUCCCUCGAAUUGCAAAUCGAACAGGCUUCUUCAGCGUAUGUUCGUGGUCGUCUAAAAGAAGAUCUCCGCGCCGUGAACCAUUCCCUCGCUCUCGGUCGCGCGGCGAAAGCGAGUCUCACCAGCUUAGACGAGGAUGAAGAUUUCGACGAGGACUUGGACGAGGAUCUAGAGGACGACUAUGUGGUGAGCGGGUACAUCGGCAGCGAUGGGGAGGAGCAAGGGUUUUAUUGCGUGGAUGGAGGAGCGACGACGACGACGACGAGUGAAGAGGAGGAUGGAGGGGGGAGUAGUGAGGGGGAGAGGAACUACGAGUUCAAAUUUGGCUCCGGGACGACGGAUACGGUGUAUGAAGAGGAUGAGGAUGAGGAUGAUGAGCUGGACUUUAUCGACGGUGUAGGGAGGGGGAGAUCGGGAUCCAGCGCGUGGACAGGAGUGGGUUCUGGUGGAGUGCAGAAUUUCGAUCCGAGUACGGGUUGGUUCAGGGGGAGUAUUGAUCAAUUGAUGAACGCGCAUGUGAGUAAAAUGGGACCCAGAAGAGGGAGCGACGCGCAAGGAGGUGGCUUUGUGGGAGAUGCGGACGCGAGUCUGGGAAGUCCGAUUUUGGUCGCUGAGCGAGGGGAAGGGAUUGAGUUGAUGGAGGAGGAGAUGCUGGAGAGGUUGAGAGGGGUGGGGAUGGUUGGGGGAUGA